GACGGGAGGGGAGUGUUGGGGCCUGCGCCCUAGCCCUGCUGCACCCACCCCCAGCUCCUGCAGAGCAGCUCCGAGAAAGUCGGGGACCCCUACGGUCGGAACUCGCGCCUCCGGGCCGAGCCCCCCCUCCCCGAGGCGCGCGCGCGCACACACACACACACACACACGCACACACACACACCUCGGACAUUCCCAUAGUGCCUCACGUGACCCACGGCCCAAACGUGCCCACCCUGCCCACACGCUUACGUACGCGUGCUCACACGCGCGCGCGCACACACACACACUCUCUCUCUCUCUCUCUCACACACUCUGGAGCCCGAGGCCGCUUGCUAACUCUGUGCCGACCCCCAGCCUCCGUCCCCCCCCCCACAAGACGCUCAUUGACGGUGACACACCUACACUCAUUCACAGACACACUCACCCCACAUGCCAGCCACAGCCACACAUUCAUAAACAGCCCCGGGAGAAGUACACACGCACCCCCUCGCUGCCUACUCGUUCUGUUCGGGAGCCCUGAGUCAUGCCUGCCCCCCUCCCAGGACUCCCCAUUUCCCUGGGUGCAGGCACACUGGCCCUGGCGGCUGUCUUCCUGAGCCCUGAGUCCCCUUGCCCACGGUGCUCCUCUCUGACACCCUGCCUAGGACUUCCUGUAGGUCCCAGGUCAGGGGCCCUGAGCGCUUGGAGGGUUGCCACAGCCCCCCUCCCCCGUCCUAGUAGAGGAGGCGCUUCCUUUUCCUGAACUCUGGGAUCCUGCAGGAGGAAGGGAAGUUGGGUGUGGGCCCGCACUGGCCUGUUGGGGUGGGCCCUCUCAGAAGCGCUGGCUUUCUUUAGGGAAGAACAGUUGCCAGAGGCCUGGGAUGGGGACGUUGGCGGCUGGCAAGGUACUUAGGGAAAGGCAGUCUGGGUUGGAGACCCCCCGGGGCUGAGGAAUUGUUCAGGAGGCCCAGUGUGGGCCAAAGCCCCUACCAUGGAGUCUAUGUUUGAAGAUGACAUCAGCAUCCUGACCCAGGAGGCCCUGGGGCCUAGUGAGGUGUGGCUGGAUGGCCCUGGAGACCCCUCACUGGGUGGUGACAUGUGCUCUGCCUCCCACUUCGCUCUCAUCACCGCCUAUGGAGACAUCAAGGAGCGGCUGGGGGGUCUGGAGAGAGAGAAUGCCACCCUCCGGCGCCGCCUCAAAGUCUACGAGAUCAAGUACCCACUGAUCAGUGACUUUGGAGAGGAGCAUGGGUUCUCUCUGUAUGAAAUCAAGGAUGGUUCCCUGCUGGAGGUAGAGAAGGUCAGUCUGCAGCAACGCCUCAACCAGUUCCAGCAUGAGUUGCAGAAGAACAAGGAGCAAGAAGAGCAGCUUGGGGAGAUGAUCCAGGCGUAUGAGAAACUCUGUGUGGAGAAGAGCGACCUGGAAACGGAACUGGGGGAGAUGCGGGCCCUGGUAGAGACCCACUUGCGGCAGAUCUGUGGUUUGGAACAACAGCUGCGGCAGCAACAAGGUCUCCGAGAUGCAGCCUUUGCCAGUCUGAGCCCCCCACCUGCCCCUGCCACACCCUGUGCUGACCUGGACCUGCACUACCUGGCAUUGAGAGGGGGACCUGCCUUGGGUCAUGGCUGGCCUGCUCCAACAGCAAGUGUGAGUGUGAGCGAGCUGGAACGGAGGCAGCUGGAAGAGGCCUUGGAGGCUGCGCAGGGGGAGGCGCGGGGGGCUCAGCUGCGGGAGGAGCAACUCCAGGCCGAAUGUGAGCGGCUGCAGGGGGAGCUAAAGCAGCUGCAGGAGACCCGGGCCCAGGAUCUGGCCUCCAACCAGUCAGAAUGCGACAUGGCGUGGGUGAAGAGAGUUGGAGAUGAUCAGGUGAACUUGGCGCUGGCCUACACCGAGCUGACGGAGGAGCUGGGCCGGCUUCGGGAGUUGAGCUCCUUGCAGGGCCGGAUCUUGAGGACGCUGUUGCAGGAGCAGUCUCGCAGCGGAGGCCAGAGGCACUCGCCGCUGUCGCAGCGCCACUCCCCGGCCCCGCAGUGCCCGUCGCCCUCCCCGCCGGCCCGAGCCGCGCCGUGCCAGUCCCCGGCCCCGCAGCGCCGCUCCCCCGUGCCCCCGUGCCCCUCGCCCCAGCAGCGCCGCUCGCCGGCCUCGCCCUCCUGCCCGUCGCCCGUCCCGCAGCGCCGCUCGCCGGUGCCACCGUCGUGCCAGUCGCCCAGCCCGCAGCGCCGCUCGCCGGUGCCGCCCAGCUGCCCGGCCCCGCAGCCCCGGCCGCCGCCGCCGCCGCCGCCCGGCGAGAGGACCACCGGGGCCGAGCGCGCCUACGCCAAGCCGCCCAGCCACCACGUGAAGGCCGGCUUCCAGGGCCGCCGCAGCUACUCGGAGCUGGCGGAGGGCGCGGCGUACGCGGGCGCCUCCCCGGCCUGGCUGCAGGCCGAGGCCGCCACGCUGCCCAAGCCCCGCGCCUACGGCGGAGAGCUCUACGGCCCCGGCCGGCCGCUGAGCCCGCGGCGAGCCUUCGAGGGCAUCCGGCUGCGCUUCGAGAAGCAGCCUUCCGAGGAGGAGGAGUGGGCCGUGCCCGCCAGCCCGCCCAGCCCCGAAGCGGGCACCAUCCGCUGCGCCUCCUUCUGCGCGGGCUUCCCCAUCCCCGAGUCGCCGGCCACCACCGCCUAUGCCCACGCCGAGCACGCGCAGUCCUGGCCGUCCAUCAACCUGCUGAUGGAGACAGUGGGCUCUGACAUCCGCAGUUGCCCCCUCUGCCAGCUGGGCUUCCCUGUUGGGUAUCCAGAUGAUGUCCUCAUCAAACACAUUGACUCCCACCUGGAGAACAGCAAGAUCUAGGGCUCCUUCCCCUCAACUGGCUGUUUCUCUGUCCUCUCUCAUCACCCCCUGAACACUCACUUUGAAUGCUGCAUGAAUCUCGUGGGGGGCCCCUGCCCCUUGCGGUCCCCAGAUACCUCCACUAGCUACUGAGUCAAUGUGUGUGCCAUCUUCCCUGGUCCGGGCACCACUAAGCUCUUGGCUCUUUCCGGGAGGUCAGGUGAGGCUCUCCUCAUCUUCCUGGUCUUUGCUUGGGGAGGUGAAGAUGUGGGCUGGGAUGGGGAGGACAUAUUCCCACCUGUCCCUCUCCGUUCUUAAAAACAGGGUCAGAUCUGAGAAGGAGUCUAGUGGCCUAGGGGAGGGGGAGAGUGUCAGGUGACUCCAGGAGCUCCCAGAGCCCCUCCUCAGUGUUGCAUUCUUCCAGGGGGGACCUCCCUCGAGCCUGCCCUGCACACUGACGCCAGACCUUCUGUACCAUGGCUAAUGCAGGGCUUGUGGCAUUGGGAGGAGGCGGCAUCCUGCUUUAUGCUGGCUUCUGUAGGCUAGCCCUGGUCUCCCCCUCUGCCCACUCUGGAGAACAGGGAGGGUGGGAGAGGAGUGGGAGGGUGCCACAGGCCUCGGGAGGUACAGCCCAGAGAGGCUGCCCUGGGGCUGGGAUUUCUGGGCCUUCACCCUCUCAGGCCCAGGCCCCCUCCUGGAAUCCCUGGCACUGAGGUGCAGAUCAUUACGGCAGAUGCCCCCCCCCAUGCUCCCCCCCCACUGGAGCUCCUGACAUCACCUGUUCCUGGAGCCCUUGUGACUUGGCCUCGGCUAGGUGGGUAUCAUCAGCCCCUGCCCCCUGGCCAGAACCUGAGAAUGGGCCCAGGGUGCUGUGGAGGAUCACCUUCAAAAGAGCUAACCCCCUUCUCACACCCACCCACCCCCAUUCCCUCUGUGAAAUCUACCUCAGAGUCGUCCCCUCGGAAGGACGGGGGAGUGGGAGGCCGGGGCCCUGGGCUGAGGUGGGAGCCCCCUACGGGAGCCUGCUGCCCACGACGAAUCCGGCCCUCGCCACGGGCCUCCCAGGGCUUUGGCCGGCGGGUGGCAGCGCAAAGCACUGUCUGAUCCAAAUCUUCCAGGCCCCCCUCCAAGCCCCGCGCUUCCUCUGUGGAGGGAAUGAGGGGCGUGUCAGCUGGAAAGGGGCCAAGGACUCCAGAGACACAUGUCGUUGUACCCGGAGUGUUCCCCAGGGAGGGGACAUGGGGAAGGGGGCCUGGAGAGGGGAGGGGGGCCCGUGCUUUCUGAACAAGUUGAAAGU